AUGACGUUGCGCCAUCUUCUCUGUCAGGAGAAGCCAACCAUACGUCGAGAAACACGGCUCACUAAAAACACGACCGGCGAAUGGCCAAGAGUAAAGGGCAUCACCGUCUGGCAUGAAUUCACUUUGGAAAGUCUCAACGAAGCCUACGGUCACGUCCUCGACACCGACGUAUCCCAACUCGGCCUAGCCACGCCCCAGCCCAAGGAGCUUGAAGGGCUUGUGACCGAAAGAGACAAAGACAUCGGACACCUGAUCGGCUGGAAUGACGAGAUGUUGCAGCAGACUGCCCGUUAUGCCAAAAGACAACUUGAAUUAUGCCAAUCCAGCAACCUCACAUUCAGUUAUUCGACGCCCGAUGACUCAUUUAUUGCGAGGCUACCUACUGUGUCGACGCCCAUCCUUGUUGACCACGUCAUCGGCAUCGACGACCCCUUCCAGCCCGUUCUCGUUGUUGGCUUUGGGAGAACAAGCAAGAAAUGGAGCUGUACGAAACUCCUGACGCAGCUCCAGAGGCCCAGCCAGCAGCUCAGCUGGCCAAUACGACAGCUGGCAAAUAUUUGCCAGAAUGCCGGGACCCGAUAUGGAUACAUUCAGACAGAAGACGAGCUAGUUGCAUGCUGCUUCAGCAUAGCGGACGGUUGCUCGUUCAAGGCGGAAAUCAUGCCCGUCCCAUGGACGAAGCACGGCAUCCAUACGCUCACGACGGAUCUUGCUCUGUGGUGGCUCUGCAUGCUAGCCAUGGCCCCCGACCAGAGCCGCAACAUUGUACGCGAGCGAGAUGUGGUUAGAAUCAACCAAUGGAGAGAGGUUCAGGGGUGGCAAGGAACUCUAUAUCGCCAUCAAUAUUCGAACUUUGAGAAGCCAAAGGGCACUCCUGACCCCCCUCUCUCGCCGCGUACCUUUAAUGCUUUGCUUGAAGAUGUGGCAUCUUUCGCAAAUCUGGGGCCUGACUUCAAUAGCCUAGGCUCGUCUGGUUUCGGUCAUCCGGGCCAGCAGUCUGAGCAGCCUGACUGGAGCAACUUGGCCAGUAUCAGCGAGCUUACGCAUUUAGAUUCCUUCAAUGACCAUGUUGCCAAGUAG